AUGGCACAAUACAAGCAAGUGGAGUUCUUUUGCGGCGAGCAUCGCAAGCGCAUGGUGUGCGACGGCCCCGAGGGACCUUCUGUCCUCACGGCCUUAUAUAACUAUGCCCUUCUCAGCGUUGGUCAAGUAGAAGACCAGACUACUCCUGCACCAUACGUGGCAGAGCAAACAAUUAGGAAGGGCUUGAAAGACCUGCUGGCGUUGAACGUUCAAAGGUUUGUGCAGUCUGGCAACCAUGAUGGUGAUGACUUGAAUGCGGAUGAGGAAUUGCUUCUCAAGCUGAUUGAAUCUCUCGGACCUGAUCACCAUGUGACUCCGCUUCUUGACAGCAUUUCCGCAUUCGAGCCAUCUAAUCUCUCUGGGUUAUUCAACUAUCUGGGGGUACCUUUGUUACACGGCUGGUUGGUAAAUCCUGCGGACAAAACCAUCUAUGAAUCCAUCCGACAAUACUCAUACGAAGGGCUGCUGAGGUACCGUAACUCGCUCGAAGGUCCGGAAGAACACUCAGAGGCUGCAAGCGGUGCUGUGGCACAGAAACCUUGCAGAGAUGUGGUCGGGCCUGAUGCUCGAUUGGCCAUUGGCGAGACAGGGUCCAGGGAUCCAUCGUCCUGGCAGAAGCACAGUGCUGCCGCAGCUGCAGCCAUGGCCUCUGAUGGCCACGCAGUACGACUCCAGCCGGUGCAUGAAAGUGAGAGCACACCACACAGACAGCACCACCGUCCACAAACAAGAUGCGAAGGCUGGGGUUAG